AUGGGCUGCGCUUCGUCGUCGAAGCGGCGCAGGCGCGCGCCGGGGUACGAGGACCCCGCCGUCCUCGCCGCCCAGACCUCCUUCACCGUGAACGAGGUGGAGGCGCUCUACGAGCUCUACAAGAAGCUCAGCUUCUCCAUCAUCAAAGACGGCCUCAUCCACAAGGAGGAGUUCCAGCUCGCCUUGUUCAGGACCAGCAAAGGAGCCAACCUCUUCGCCGACAGGGUCUUCGACCUCUUCGAUCUCAAGCGCAACGGCGUCAUCGAGUUCGGGGAGUUCGUGCGCUCGCUCAGCAUAUUCCACCCAAAAGCAUCUGAAUCGGACAAGACCAAGUUUGCAUUCAAAUUGUAUGAUUUAAGGGGCACAGGCUACAUCGAGAAAGAAGAGCUUAGAGAGAUGGUCCUGGCACUUCUUGACGAGUCCGAUUUGUGCCUUUCUGAGAGCGCUGUGGAGGAGAUUGUGGACAGCACAUUCAAUCAGGCAGACACCAACGGCGAUGGUAGGAUAGACCCCAGGGAGUGGGAGGAGUUCGUCAAGAAGAACCCAGCUUCACUCAGGAACAUGUCACUACCCUAUCUUCAGGACAUUACAACGGCGUUUCCAAGCUUUGUAAUGCAUUCAGAAGUUGAAGAUUGCGGCGGAAUCGACAAAUAACAAAAGCGCAUCAGUACUGUCUAUGUGGUUCCUUUAUGAGCUAAGCCAACCUUGAUGAUGCUGCGAGUCAGUGCGCUCAGAGUGAAGUGAGCUCCAACUGGAAAAGCCUGAAGCUCCGAUAGGAGUGCGGCCGGAGCUCUGGUAGCUGGUGAGCGGAUAUAACCAGACAGUAGAAGGAAAUCUGAUAGCUGACAAAGUGACAAGGACAACUGGAAAAUUAUUUUCUUCGUAUCAUUUUAGUGUAGAUGGUAGUGGCCCGAUAAACCUUCUGUUUUUCUUGAAGGGUAUAUCGAGGUUCGGCUUUGACAGUCAAUCUGUAAACAAAGGAGGACCUUAGAGCCAAAAUUUGUAUCGUUAAAUGUAUACUUCAAAGAAAUCCAAAUGUUUU